AUGGAUAGUGUCCAUGUUGUGGAGCCAAUAAAAGCUAUUCUUGCCAUCAAGGGCAAGAUUCGCCACAUUGUCGAGGCUGAGGGAAUCCCUCAUACCUAUGUGUGUUGUAAUAGUUUUGUGGGCUACAUCCUUCCGACAUUGGCACAGCUUGGGGCUACAGCUCCACCUAGAGAUAAAGUUGUCAUCUCAAGAGAUGGAAAAUUGAUUAAUAAGAAGGAUGACAUCAGCACCUAUACCAUCAAAGCCGUGGAUGAUCCUAGGACCUCGAACAAAACUCUCUACAUCAGACUUCCUGACAACAUCUUCUCUUUUAAUGAGCUGGUGUCUUUGUGGGAGAGGAAGAUCGGCAAGACCCUGGAGAGGGUGUAUGUUCCAAAGGAGCAAGUUUUGAAUAACAUUCAAGAGGUAGCAUUUCCACUCAAUGUCAUGUUGGCCAUAUUUCAUUCGAUUUUCGUGAAAGGAGAUCAAAACAACUUUGAGAUUGAGCCAUCGUUCAGAGUGGAAGCUUCAAAGCUCUACCCCGAUGUCAAAUGCACAACCACAAAUCAGUACCUUGAUCAGUUUGUCUGA